AUGUCUAGAGCUAAGAGAAUUAUGAAGGAGAUGGAGGCCGUUAGGGACGAUCCUGAGGCCAAUAUCGAUUUAGAAUUUGUCAGUGAAGCUGAUAUUCAUCAUUUGAAAGGUUCUUUCUUAGGUCCACCAGAAACCCCAUAUGAAGGUGGGAAAUUCAUUGUUGAUAUCGAGGUACCGAUGGAGUACCCUUUCAAACCACCGAAGAUGAAGUUUGAUACUAAAGUUUAUCAUCCUAACAUUUCUUCUGUCACUGGUGCGAUUUGUUUGGAUAUUUUGAAGAAUGCUUGGUCUCCUGUAAUUACAUUGAAAUCUGCAUUAAUCUCUUUACAGGCUUUAUUACAAUCCCCAGAACCGAAUGAUCCACAAGAUGCAGAGGUGGCUCAACAUUAUCUGCGAGACAGAGAGUCCUUCAACAAGACUGCUGCUUUGUGGACUAAAUUAUACGCUAAUGGAGGCGAUGCUAAUAGCUCUAAAGGUAAUGUCGAUCAAGCUGAUUUAUACGGUAUAGAUCAAAGUCUAGUAACAGAAUUUGAGAAUCAAGGAUUCGAGAAGGACAAGAUUAUCGAAGUCUUAAGAAGAUUAGGUUUGAAAUCGUUGGAUCCAAACGAUAAUGAAACUGCCAACAAAAUCUUGGAAGAAUUAUUAAAAUAA